AAAGUCUUUUGAUUGAUUGAUUUUAACAACAAAGUAAAAUAUUUUAUUGUUUCCCAAAUUAUGGCUCGUAUUACCAUCAUCAUCAUCAUCAUUAUUCUACCUUUGGUCAUUACUUCGGAUCAUUUGAUAAUCAACUGUCAACGAUCAAUUCGUAUGGAAGGUGAUGAAUGUAAAAACAAUGAAGACAUGGAAUGUCUUGAUCGACAUGUGAACGAAUUAUUUGUCAACAUAAAUCGUUUCUACAGUCCAAAUACUGGUUACAUCGACAUAAGCUAUCUAAAUCAUCCUUGGUACAAUUCGACAAUCAAAUUUGAUCUAGCUACUGCUUUCAAAUGUAUCGAUAAUAUUUCUCCGUUGGAUAAUUAUGAGGACGAAGAAAAAACAAUAAUACGUUCAUUCCCAUCUCGCUUAUUGAAUUGAUUAUUAAUUAUUAAUUGUUUGAAUUUAUCAUUUUAUUUUUUUAUUUUUUAAAAUAAAGUAUUGAUU